CUACAAAUCACUCCAGUUCAUUCUUUUUCACUGUUACGUCUCAGAAACAUGGGUGGCGGACCAGCUUCUUCGUCCAAGGCAACGCCGUUUGCCCACCACCUGCUCGACGCUCCGAAUGACGACGACGACGGCUUUUCGCUGAUUCUCCCGUCCAGCAGCACUGCGACGGCGACUCCUUCCCCGAGCCAGCUCGCUCCAGUCUUGGCGGGUGGUCAUCACUCUCAUCCCGCCCAGCAGCCGCUUCUGCCUGUCUCCACUUCCACUUCCACUUCCACUGCCUCCGUGCCGAGCCAUGCAACCACGCAGCAGCCAGGAGAAGUCGGCGACGGCUUUGGCGGCGCUCUGAGCUUGAGCAGUGGCGCGAAUGACUGGCGCGAGCCGAGCGUGUCGUCACAACCGCGCUCCGAGCCCCACCCGACCCCCAGCGCCGCUGCGCCCAGUCCCUCAAGCGUCCCCAGUGUCCCAAGUGUCUCAAGUGUCCCAACUGCUGCUCCACCUGUCUCGAAUGGCUCAAGUGGACCAAGCGGCUCCGUGGAACCCAGUGCUGGUUUGGCUGUGCCCAAACAGACUGCUCCGACAAGCAAUCCUGCUUAUGCUGCUUCUCCGAAAACAGGAGGGUCGAGCAACAGCAACAACAACAACAACUCGGGCCGACUCUCGCCCCAGCUUCCAUCGUCCUUCUUUGCUGCCUCGUCGUCACCCACCAAAGGCACGAGCAGCCCGACGCCGACGGGUUUGCGCCGAAACACAGCGAACGAACCGACGAGCCACAGCGUCGAGGCUGCCACUGCCGCGCAGCCGACCACACAACCCUCGACAGCCACUUCAACGACGGAUGACGGCGAGGACGUCGAAGGCUGGCAUGCCGUGUCCACCAGCUCGAUCGCCACCACGCCCUCGGAGCAGUUCCGCUUGACUUGGACUCGCAUCAUGGGCGGAGAUACCUCCGCGCUCCGCGAUGCUUCCCGCAAGAUGCUCGACGCAGUGGCCAAGGAAGCGCGCCGAGUCCGCGAGUCUGUCCAGGAGUUUGCGAGCGAGCGUCUCACAUUCACCAUCACUUCCGCUGCACCCUCCUCCUCCUCGUCGACUUCUCGGCGUAUUGCGAACGAGCCGCUCCGCUACUCUGAGUGGCGCACCUUCCUGGAGAAGGACGGCGGCGUCAAGGACGAGGCCAAGCUGCGGCAGCGCAUCUUCCACGGCGGCAUCGAUCCGCCGGUGCGCCCGAUCGUUUGGCGCUACUUGCUCAAGUUCUAUCCGUUCGACACGCCUCUGCAAGAGUGCCACCAAAUUGGCCAGGCCAAGUGCCAAGAAUACGACGCGCUCUUCCAACGCUGGAAGACGCGCGAGCUCUUGUUCAAGACCGAGGCUGGCGAACCAACCAACUUGGAGGGCAGUGCCGCGACCGUAGCAGCCAUCGCUGCCGCUGCCGAAGGGGCGGAAGAGGCUGAAAAGAUUGUUGACAGCGACGACGACCGGCUCAUCAUUCUUCCCGGCGGCUCUCCCCCACCGUCCGCCAACAGCAUGGCAAACGGGCGCAUGGGUGAUGCUGCGGAUUGGCUCGCUCGUCUUGAUAGUCUCGCCCCCGAAAUCCGCGAGCGCAAGCUGUACCAGCUACAGGCGCGCACACACGACCUGAUUCGCAACGACGUUGUGCGCACAGACCGCCAGAAUCCCCUGUUUGCCAACGACAACAACCCGAAUCUCACCAAGCUGUUCAACAUUCUGGCCACGUAUGCCGAGUUCAACCGCGAAGUCGCGUACGCCCAGGGCAUGAACGACCUCGCCGCCCAGAUUCUCAGCGUGGUCAAUGACGAGGCCGAGGCCUUCUGGUGCUUUGUCACCGUCAUGGACCGCAUGCAGGGCUACUUCCACGCCAACGAACAGGCCAUGAACUUUCAGCUCAUGCUCCUCGCCCAGCUGCUCGCCCAGGCAGACCGCGUUUUCUACAACUACCUUGUCAGCCAGCAAGCGCAGAACUGCUUUUUCGCCUACCGCUGGCUUCUCUUGAAUCUCAAGCGCGAGUUUUCCUUUGACGAUUCGCUUCGUAUUGCCGAGGUUCUCUGGACCAUGCCCACUGCGCCAGCCAAUCAGCGCGAUGCACGCCCGACACCCGCUUCCUCCUCCUUCUCCUCCUCCUCUUCUGCUGCCCAACAGCCGCAAGCCGCACCUCAGGUUGCACAACCCCGCUCGCAGUCUCCCACACCGACCAAGCAGCCCAACUUGCCUGCCGAGGACGAGCUUGGGCCGAAUCCGUUCGCCCUGUUCAUGUGUCUCGCCGUCAUGUCGCUGCACCGCGACAACAUCAUGGAGGCCAAGCUGAACGACAGCGAUUUGCUCAUGUUCGCCAGCACCGUCUCGCAAAAGCUGGAUUUGACCGAGGUCCUUUACCGCGCCGAGACGCUCUUUUGGCAGUACACCCGCGGCGAGCUCGGCUCUCCCACCGAUUUCAACCAAAGUGCCCAGCAAGCACAGGCGCUUGGAGCCAACUCGCCCGGAGCCACAAAUACGCAUCCAACCAAUCAAUACCGAGGCGUCGGCACCACCACCCCGCUGAGUUCGGGCGGGCGAUUUGUUUGAGAGCAUGAUUCAAGGUUUUUCGCUUUCGACUUACAAAGUGUGUUUGAGUUUCGUGAUGAUUGUCUCUGUAAAUUUUUCCUCGUAAAAUUUUUCCCCUACUCAAUACAUAUAAGUUGACGAUCA